GCUCCCCCUCCGGCCGGCGCUCCCCAGGCCCCCGACGCCAGGACCAGAAGCUCCUGCACGUCCACAGUUGCAAUGGCUAGUACACCUAGUAGCUCCCAAGUUCCAGGCUCCCAAGCAUCAGGUGCUGUAGCAGCUGCAACUGAUACAACAGAAGAAAAUGUUGUGCACAUUUCAGAUGGAGAGGAACAAGCUGCUGGUCCUGGUAAAAAGAGGAAGCAAUAUUCUAAAGUGUGGAAUGACUUCACCCAAGUGUGUGUUGAUGGAAAAUGGAAGGCCAAAUGCAAGCAUUGUGGCAAGAAUCUUUCAGCCGUCUCAAGGAAUGGUACAACCCAUCUGAAAACCCAUCUCACAUCUUGUCCUUUAAAUAACAAGAGGCCAGGGGAUAAAAUUCAAACUAAUUUGCGGUUUGGAACCACUGAAAAAGGAGCAGUGAGUGUAGAAAACUAUGUGUUUGAUCAAGAAGUAGCUAGGAAAGCUCUUUAUUCCAUGAUUAUAUUGCAUGAGUACCCACUGUCCAUUGUUGAUCACCAUGGUUUUCGUAAGUUUGUUAGUGCCCUGCAGCCUUUGUUUAAAAUGGGUACUAGAAACACUAUUAGAAGGGACAUAAUGCAUUUCUAUGAGGGUGAGAAAAGGAAAGCUAGGAUAUUCUUGCAAAGGACCAAUUGCCGUGUUGCUGUUACAACUGAUCUUUGGACAGCUGAUAAUCAAAAAAGAGGUUAUAUGGCUGUCACUGGACAUUUUAUUGAUGACUCGUGGAUGCUUAAAAGCUGCAUUUUGAGGUUUAUGUAUGUGCCAUGCCCCCAUACUGCAGAAGCUAUUUGUGAUGCAUUGCACAAGUGCCUCCAAAGCUGGGAUAUUGAUCGGAGGGUAUCAACUGUCACUCUUGACAAUUGCAGCAUCAAUGAUAGCAUGAUUGGGUUAAUGGAGACAAGGCUUGGUGCAACUAGUAUGCUUUUGAGAGAAAAAUGGCUGCAUAUGCGGUGCUGCGCACACAUUCUCAACCUCAUCGUCAAAGAUGGCAUGGAAGUCAUUGCAAGUGCAGUUUCAAACAUUCGAGACAGUAUUGCUUACUGUGUUGCUACACCAAAGAGAUGAUGGUGAUAGGGUCAAUAGCUUUUGGUCCUGCCUUGAAGACAUUCAGGAAGAAAUGAAAGAAGAUUCUUGCAUCACUACUGCUGAUUCCGACUGAUAUGAGUUCCAUUUGCUUGGUUCAAUAGAACUUUUUAUGUAAUAAUGGUGUUGAACAAUAACUCUCGUAUGGUUGUAUGCUUUUCUUUGUGCAUCAGACUAUUUAUUUGUUGGCUUGUACUUGUAUUAGACUAUUUAUUUGUUGGCUUCUACUUGUAUCA